AUGCCCGCUGUUCUGAAGGCUCGGAGGUCGGGCUUGGUGGACCCGGACUGUGCAAAUCGUCCUGUUCCCCGAGCGGGAACUGCUGGCUCUGUCCAGGGUCAGGGGCUCCGAGGCUGUUCGAUGGCAAGGGGCGCCCCCUCCCGGCGCCUGAGGGUUCCCGGCCAAGGCUGCUCAUUGCUGGCUUCCAAAGUAGAAGGGACACGGGGACCCGACGGGCGACCCGACCCAGCGGACCGCUGGCGGCAGUCCCGAGUGACAGGUGGGGGCUUCUCUGGGGCCACAGAUGACACCUGUGGCUCGUUCUGGCCCACGGUCCCACCUCCGGUCACCAGCGGGGCAAAGGCUUGUCACACCCCUGCUGCAGGAGGCCUUUUGCUCCUCUUCAGCCCUGUGGGCUACCUUGGCCUUGGGCCCACUGAACUCAUCGGUUGGGCACCGCCCAGCACCUGUAUUUGGGAGCAGAAGGGCAGCCUUAAGCCCGUUAAGUGUGUGGUGGUGCGCAGCCCACACCCGUCCGCGCUCUGCACUGCUGAUCGCGUGUGCGCGGUCCCCACCAGGCACCUGCAGGCUGACCGGCCAACUCAACGGAGUGGGCCAGGGCGCAGGCCAACCUGUCAUUCCACUGGAGGGUCCAUGGCUGCAGACUUGAGCGACUACUCCAGGCUCUCCAGGUCUGCGCGCGCGCUGCCCGGCGGCGGGGACGCGGCCCAGACUGAGAUGCCCCGGAAACCGAGCUCAGGGCAGCGGAAGCCCAAGUCCAGGCGGGGCCCUUCGGGACUAAGUUUCCGGCCAGAAGACGGUGCGGGGGCGGGGCCGGGGGCUCGGGGGCGGGGCCGGGCGCGCGCGGCGCACGUGACGCCGGUUGCCAGGGUGAAAGGUCAGGCGCGCCGCGGCACUCCCAACAUGGCGGCGGCCGAGGCGGCCGAGGCGGCGGCGGGGACGGCCCGCAGCUUGGGAGCCCCGGCCCCGGCGGGGGCGGCGGCGGCGGCGGCGGCCCGAGCCCGGCGGUUGCCCCCUCUGCUCGUGCUGCUGGCGGCGGCGGCGGCGGGCCCCGGGGCGGGCGGCGCGGCGCGGCUGUACCGCGCGGGCGAGGACGCCGUGUGGGUGCUGGACAGCGGCAGCGUGCGCGAGGCCACGGCCAACAGCUCGGCCGCGUGGCUCGUGCAGUUCUACUCCUCGUGGUGCGGCCACUGCAUCGGCUACGCGCCCACCUGGCGGGCCCUGGCCGGGGACGUGCGAGACUGGUCUGCUGCCAUCCGCGUUGCCGCUCUGGACUGCGGGGAGGAGGAGAACUACGAGGUGUGCCGAGCCUAUGACAUCCACUUCUACCCCACCUUCCGGUAUUUCAAGGCGUUUACAAAGGACUUUACAACUGGAGAAAAUUUUAAAGGGCCCGACCGAGAGCUGCAGACGGUGAGGCGGACGAUGGUCGACUUCCUGCAGAACCACACAGAUGGAGACAGGCCACCUGCUUGCCCGCCAUUGGACCCCAUUCCGCCCAGCGACGUCCUUUCCCUUGUGGACACUCGUGGUGGCCAUUACGUGGCCGUCCUGUUUGAGAGCCACGGCUCCUAUGUCGGCCGUGAGGUGAUCUUAGACCUGCUUCCGUACGAGAACAUUGUGGUGAAGAGAGUGCUGAGUGCAGAGACGGGCUUCCUGGAGAAACUCGGUGUCUCGUCCCUUCCCUCCUGUUACUUGAUUUACCCAAAUGGGACGCGUGGAUUAAUUAACGUCGGGAGGCCCCUCCGAUCGUUUUUUUCCUCUUAUUUGAAGUCGUUGCCGGAUGUGAGGAAAAAAUUGCUUUCAUUGCCUGAAAAACCCAGCAAGGAAGAGAAUCCCGAAGUCGUGGUUUGGAGAGAUUUUGACAGGGGGAAGCUCUACACGGCGGACCUGGAGUCGGGGCUGCACCACCUCCUGAGGGUAGAGCUGGCCGCCCACAAGUCUCUCGCGGGGGCCGAGCUGCGGACACUCAAGGACUUCGUCGCCGUCCUCGCCAGGCUGUUCCCCGGCCGGGCGCCAGUCAGGAAGCUGCUGGAGACGCUGCAGGAGUGGUUAGCCAGCCUUCCCCUGGACAGGAUCCCCUACAACGCUGUCCUCGACCUGGUCAACAACAAGAUGCGGAUCUCUGGAAUCUUCCUUACUAAUCACGUAACGUGGGUUGGAUGUCAAGGAAGCCGGCCGGAGCUCAGGGGCUACACGUGCUCUCUCUGGCAGUUGUUCCACACUCUGACUGUCGAAGCCGGGGCCCGCCCAGAGGCGCUGGAUGGCACAGGUCUGGAGGAUGACCCCCAGGCCGUGCUGCAGACCAUCCGGAGGUACGUGCGCACCUUCUUCGGCUGUAAGGCGUGCAGCGAGCACUUCGAGGCGGUGGCUGAGGAGUCCGUGGGCACGGUGAAAACCCCAGACGGAGCGAUUCUCUGGCUGUGGGAGACUCACAACCUAGUCAACAGUCGUCUGGCAGGCCAUCUAAGUGAGGACCCCAAGUUUCCAAAGGUUCCGUGGCCCACCCCGGAUCUCUGCCCAGCCUGCCACGAGGAGAUCAAGGGCGUGCACAGCUGGAACAAGGGCCAGGUGCUUCUGUUCUUGAAGCAGCACUACAGCGGUGACAAUCUCGUGGACACGUAUGCGGCAGACCUGGGGGACACCAGCGAAGGACGCGGCCCACACCAGGGCGGGGAGCAGGAGAAAGGCCUCGCCUCCUCAGGGAAGCCUCGGAGAGACCAGCGCACCGAGAGUCUCCGUCCACCCAGCGUGCUGCCUCCCAGACCCCGCCUGUCGGACGGCUCGCAGCUCGGCCUGGACGGGAGACUGCGGAGCGCGCGCGGAGCUGAGGGCCGCAGGGAGGCGGAGGUGGCUGUGCCCUUCCUGGGGAUGGGCUUCUCUGGCCUGGACAUGAGCCUCUGCGUCGUGCUCUACGUGGCCUCUUCCUUGUUCCUGAUGGUGAUGUACUUUUUUUUCCGAGUGCGGUCCAAGCGGUGGAAGGUCAGACAUCACCGGCCGUCCGUGUAGGAACUGAGCGGGACCACAGAAGCGCCUUUGGGGAAACAGCCCCACCAGGCCACCUGCAGCUUUCAUAGGAGAUCAGGGAUUUUAUUAACAGCGAGACCUGGUUUUACUUC